GCCUUCGCCAGUGUCAUCCUCUUUGGAACCAACAAUAGCAGCUCCAUUUCUGGAGUCUGGGUCUUCCGAGGCCAGGAGCUUGCCUUUCCGCUGAGUCCAGAUUGGCAGGUGGACUACGAGUCAUACACAUGGCGGAAACUGGAUCCUGGCAGCGAGGAGACCCAGACGCUGGUUCGAGAGUACUUUUCCUGGGAGGGGGCCUUCCAGCAUGUGGGCAAAGCCUUCAAUCAGGGCAAGAUCUUCAAGUGAACAUCUCUUGCCAUCGCCUAGCUGCCUGCACCUGCCCUUCAGGGAGAUGGGGGUCAUUAAAGGAAACUGAACAUUGAA